AUGGCAUGGAUGCCGCAGCCCGACGCGUCCGAGAUUCCUUCUCGGCCUCCAUUGACCUCUCAGCAGUCCAAUUCACUUCCCUCGACCCCAUAUCAACAUGCGCGCAACCUCUCCUUUCACUCCCGGUCGCCGUCCCCCGCCCGCGGAAGCACCUCGCCUCGCUCCACACAUUCCGAGUCCACGCACUUGCCUCCGUCGGCGCGGAAACCGCUCGGCGGAUGUAAAUAUGAGACCGCCAUGGCAUAUUUUCGAAGACGAAUACCUUACAGCCUCGGAGUGGAUUUACUGCCGGAGGAAAAGGACGGAUUGAAAGAGAGCCUUGAUUCCGAGGAGGAGCGUAGGCUGACCACGGAUAUCAUGGAACUCUAUGAUCGGUUGUUACCCUCGGCUGAAAGCGAUGAUCGACGGCGGCAACUGGUCCGAAAAUUGGAGAAAUUAUUUAAUGAGCAAUGGCCGGGGCACGAGAUCAAGGCGAAUGUCUUUGGCUCGUCGGGGAAUAAGCUCUGUUCGAGCGACUCAGAUGUGGACAUUUGCAUCACGACAGACUUCAAAGACUUGGAACAUGUGUGCCUAUUGGCUGAGGUUUUAGCAAAGCACGGGAUGGAACGAGUUGUCUGCGUCUCCCAUGCGAAAGUCCCAAUUGUGAAAAUUUGGGACCCGGAGCUGAAACUGGCCUGUGACAUGAAUGUCAAUAACACUCUCGCAUUGGAAAACACCCGUAUGAUCCGGACUUAUGUCGAAGUCGAUGAACGAGUGCGGCCAUUGGCCAUGUGUGUCAAGUACUGGACGAAGCGACGAAUUCUCAAUGAUGCGGCCCUUGGGGGAACGUUGAGUUCAUAUACGUGGAUUUGCCUCAUCAUCAAUUUCUUGCAAACACGGAAUCCGCCAGUCUUGCCGAGUCUCCAAGCUCGCCCGCAUAAGAAGAGGGCCACUCCGGACGGAUUGGUGUACUCGUUCGAUGACGAUCUUGAGACUUUGAGUCAAUUUGGUCGCAAGAACAAGCAGACCGUUGGCGAGUUGUUUUUUGAAUUCUUUCGGUAUUAUGGGCACGAAAUCGAUUACGAGAAGAAUGUCAUCUCGGUACGCGAGGGAAAAUUGGUGUCCAAGGAGGGCAAGGGCUGGCACCUGUCGGUGAAUAAUCGGCUAUGUGUUGAGGAGCCAUUCAACACUUCGAGGAAUCUGGGCAAUACGGCGGAUGAUACGUCUUUCCGCGGGUUGCACAUGGAGCUACGGAGAGCGUUCAAGUACGCCUCAGAUGGUGAUUUGACAGGCUGCUGCGCUCAGUUUGAAUUCCCGCCGGAAGAGGAGCGGACGUGGGAGCGACCACCUCCACAACCCAGGCCAAUUAUCACCCCUUCCCUUCCUUCCAGAGGUGGUCGUGGUGGCCGUGGUGGACGAUAUGGCAAUCAGUACUCCAGGGGAGGAUUUGCCAAUGGCGGUCGUCGAACUUCCAACACUGGGAAUAAAUCCGCUUUCCGCCAACCAAAUGGUGCGAACGCCACCGAUCUGUCUCUGCAGGCGCAGCAACAAGCUCAGUUUCUGCUGCAUGAUCAGCUCUUUCAACAGAUUCAGCUCCUCCAGGCACAGGAACAAGAGCUGCGCAUGCAGCUCCACAACCAGGCUUUGAUUACCGGACGGCCGCCACCGGUGUUCCUUCGCCAGCCGUUCAUCCAGUUCCCCAUGCCACAGCAGCAAGAAUACACGAGUGAAGAGACUUCGAGGUCAAGGUCAGGAACCGUGAACCAGCCACCUCUCACACCGUCAGGCCGACAACAGAAUUUCUAUCCCAGUCCUACCUAUGCUUCUGUCAGUGCCGCCGGGACUCAGGGCAGCACCACAAACCCGCCAUCCCCGUCCGCCACCAAUGCUCACCCCGAUCUCCGCCGGAAUCCUCGACGAUCCUCAGUUGUGAACGGUUCACCAAAGGCAAAUCUCAGAGCCCAGUCUCAGCCUGCACGACCUCAAAAUUCAACCUCCCUCCCAACUUUCACUCCUCUGUAUUCGAUCCCGCAGCCAUUGGACACUUCGUUUGCCUCUAAACAGCAAUCGAUCCCCGAGCCAUCGGAAGGUGGCGAGGGUAGCGGAGACGAGAAUGCAAUGCCACCGAACAGCCUUCCCAGCAACGACUCACGCUCCGAUUCCGUGGACGAAAGCCGGGCUCGGGAGAUGAUGGGUUAUUAUAUAACUCCGCAGCAAAUGCAGCUAUACCAGCAGAGCGCAAUGUUGCCCCCGUUGUCCACGCCUAUGGGUCUCGCCUUGCCAAAUGGCUAUACGUCUUACCUCCCCAUGCAGCAGGAUUAUCGUUCUGGGUCGUUCUCAUCGGAAGGGAUGAGUGCGCGAGCUGACCAAACGCCCACGCCUGUGCUUAGGGCCUCCGGAUCAGGACAGCAGCGCUCAACCUCGCGACCCGCGCCAGCUAUAGAUCGGGGUCCUUUGAUUGUGGAUGGCUCAGUGCCACCGAGUGAGCCCCGCCCACAGUAUCCGAUGGACUUGAUCGAUCCGUAUAACGCCGUCACGCAUUAUACGUCGACUUCGGAUGACCACAGCAUCAACACCCCUGCCAGUUUCUCUGAUUCUCUGUCGCAAGAUUUUCAAGACCCAGGCCCGUUCGAGAUGGAGCAGCCGCCGGUCUUCACACGGAUGCCAUUCGAAGCGCCAAAGACAGGCAACGUCAAUGGUCAUGAUGUUCCCUCGGAGAAGACGAAUGGACAGCCGGAGCUCCUUGCCAGUCGUCUGCAGAACCUUCACCUGUCGAAUGCCGAAAAGCUGGCCCAGUCGCAGACAACCUCUAAAGCGAAUCCAGAUCGACAGAAGAACGGCUCCAUGCACCCCGGAUCGGGGAAGGAUGUUGCACAGACGAAGAACUCGGUAUCUUCGGGUGAUAAGGCUUCCGGGUUGAAUCAAGUCCACGAACCACGUCAGCAGACAUCUAAUUCGAAGCGUGGGCGACCUAACGGGGUGGAUGCGUCUGAGAAGGCCAACGGUGUCAACCACGGAAAUGGUAACGGUCAUGGUCACAGUAACGGACACGCUCAUGGCCACCACAGUCAUAAACCCAAGGCAAGGGGGCGACAAGAUGGAACGAACAACUCUUCCAACCCAUCGGCGGACCGAAAUCAUGACCACGCCCCACGAAAGCCGGGUAGCGCGGUCAAUGGCACCAACGACGUCAACCACAGCGGGUGGCAGACCACCGGAAAGAAGAAGCAUCGCAGGAGUGCUAAAUCUUCUGCUGCUGAGUCUCGCAAUGGCGUGAACGGCAGCGCGGAGCCAUUGCCUGCAGACGAGUCUCUGCGAAAAGGCGGCUGA